AGCACAAGCGGCAGCGACAGCGCCGCGUCACCCGUCCCCGACGACCCGAAUUCCACUUCGGAGGUCGGAUGUCUCCUCGGAUCCCAUGGACUCGAACAAACUGCAGAAGCCCAAGCGCAAGCGCCGAUCGAAGAACCCCGCGGGUUAUUCGACCAGGUUGCUGCACCGCAAGAAGGCGGAGAUGCAGCAACUGAGGGAGGAGCCAAGGUGGAGCAACUUAAACACACAAGGGCGGUCGGGGUCGGCGCUCACGCGUCGCAGCUCAAGAACAAGGCGGAGUUCAAGUGGAUGCAGCUGGCGACGAUCGAGUUGCAGAGGCGGCAGAGGUCGGAGUACACAAACAGGAGGCUCAAGGCGCUGCUGGUGAACCAGACCAAGGUCGACGACGCGUUGAGGAGCGUCGUGAUGAAGAGAUCGGCGCUGGAGGGGAUGGAGUUUCUGUUCCAGAUGGCGCAGAGUCCUCUGGACGCAGUGGACAACAGCUCGGUGAUCAUGGCGGAGCUGGAGAAGACGGCGUCGGAGAUGUACCUCGGAUCCAGAGUCCUGUUUGAGAAGGAGGCACGUAUCUCGACGAUUAGCUGUGAAAUGAAGCGGAGGGUGGAUAAGCAGCUUGGACAAGUAGUGGAGAUUGUCUCGAGCGCCCCGCUGCCGUGCUCGAUGUAA